AUGGGCGGCCGCAAAAGAACGCGAACGGCCGACCAUGAUCCAGAAGAGCAAGAACCAUCUCCAAGACGGGCCAAGUUGUCGGGAGUGCGAACUUCAACUCGACUGGCAAUGACCUCUUCAAUCCGGGGGAAAUCUUCAAUCAUCCCUACUCUAGCCGGGACUCCAUCGAUAACUGAGUCCAAGAACCAUCGUGGUGACUGUUCUGAACACGGUUCGGAUAUACACAGUUCUCAUAGUGGCAACAAUAUUCUCAAGGGCCGGGGGUUGGUUGAAGCGGCUUUAGAAAUUGUGAAUAAUGCGGAUACGGCCGAGCUUAUGAUUCUCGAGUUGAUGGAUAAGUAUUCAUUCAGUUUCGCCCGCUUGAAAGAACUUCUCAGAGAAAACAACCUUCAUGUCAGCUUUUCCAAUGUCAAGUAUGUUGACAUCGCUCCAAAGGUCGGCCUGGAUCCAGGGACGAACGGGACCGACAUACCUCCAUUUGAAAUGUUUCGCGCCCGGCUGCCUAGUUCUGUCUUUUCCCAAACCAUUGCUGACCUUGAGGUCUUUUCGUGCUACUUCAACAGAAUUGUGGCUCUAUUUUCCGGCCUUCUGUUCAACACACCGGAAGCAAUCCUAGAAGGCAAAAUCACAACCAAAGGUCGUAUCGAGUAUCAAUUCAAGACUUUUGGCGGAAUCGCAGUCGUUUUCAUUGAAGUGAAACUGGACAUAGGAAGUUCCACAGAGCGUCUUGACUGUUUUGCACAAGUGAUAGCGGAAUGCGAUGCCUGCGCUUGGGCGAACCUUCGGAAUGGAUUCAACGUGCCCAUUUUAGCGAUCCUGUGCGAUGGGGAAUUCUUUUAUUUCUUCAAGUUUCUGGACCGACGACAAGCAGGUGGAGGACCACAGGUCUACUUGGGCAACUUUCCAGAUGGCCGCUGGCGACAACCUAUUGCUGAGAUGGACUCUGCCGAUGACCCCACAACUUUCUUACUCCAAACUCGCCUUCUUUGUGAGAGCCUUUACUACGUGUUUUUAAGAGGGUAUCAAUCCGGUCUCCAGGCUUACUGGAACCGUAGCGUGGAAAGGAGUAAGAGUCCAUCGCGAGACUCGACUCCAAAGUGGUAUAAGGCAACAAUCUCGGCUAGACAAGCUCUCGAUGAAGCUUGGUCUGCUUGGGAGCUUCGACAAGAGGGCAAGGUAGAAGAGUCGAAUAGUUCUGCAGAGAGAGCGCACCAAUGUUUGGCAGAAAGGUAA